AUGAAAGCCAUCAACAUCCCCGCCUUCAUAACCGACCCACUCACCCUUCGUCCCUCCACCGUUCCCACUCCCGUUCCAAACGCCGACCAAUACCUCAUCCGCAUCACACACUGCAGUCCUCAACACGCCGACAUCCUCCACGCCCAAGGCAAACACCAGAACAAUUCAAAACGCGGCUGGUGUCAUCCGCCCUUCGUCCUCGGCUUCGAUUUCGGCGGGAUCGUCCACUCGAUCCCGUCCUCAUCACAACAGGGUAAAGAUGCGGGCUUCAGGAAGGGGGACAAGGUCUUCGGCGCGGCGAUCGGAGCUUUCGCAGAAUACGUGUGUGUGAAUGCUGCAGCGAUAAGAAAAGUGCCGGCUAGUCUGUCGCUGGAGACGGCGGUGGCUAUGUCCGGGCAAGCGGUGAGUUAUGCGUCGGUGGUACACAUCGCGAAGGUGCAGCCGGGGGAGACGGUGUUGGUUUCUGGUGCGAGUGGGGGAUUGGGAAGUGUUUGUUGUAUGGUUUCGAAGGCUGUAGGAGCGAGAGUGAUUGCGCUCGCAGGGGAUGAAGAGAAGGCAAGGAAUAUGCGGCGGGACAUGGAUGUUGAUCGGGUGGUGGUGAUGAAGGACGGGUGGAUCGAAGAGGUGUUGAAAGUUACGGAUGGAAAGGGAGCAGAAGUGUGCUUGGAUAAUACGGGCAUGGUGAAUGAUGCGAUUCGAGCGCUGGGUUAUUUCGGCAGGAUUGUGAUCUUGGGGUUUGCCGCGAGGAAGGGCGUGAUGGAGGAGGUGAAGAUGAAUAAGCUGUUGUUGAAAAGUAUUACUGUGACGGGAUAUAGGUUUGGAGAGUCGGGGAGGCGGUAUCCCAAGACGUUGGAGCAGAUUUGGGACGGAUAUCUCAAGAUGCUGGAGACCGGGAGGUUGAAGCCGCUGAUAUAUGGGAAGUAUGAGGGGUUGGAGGAUGUGGGUAGGGCGCUAAAUGAUUUGCAGGAGAGAAAAGUGUAUGGCAAGAUAGUCGUGAAGGUUGCGGAUGUCCCAGAGUCAGGGCGAUUAUAG